AUGAAAAACGCGACCCCAAGCGUUAGAGACCCCAGGGCAUAUUACGACCAUAGUUUGUAUGACAUCCUGUCGUCAUACUUAGAGGACAAGAGUGAAUUUACGACUCUUGGAGACGUUAACGCUAAGUCUGUAAAGCCUGAGUUUCCAGAUCCACAUAUAGCCUCCCAUAGGACAGACUGUGAACGAGACACAGAACAGUCUCCCGAUGGGCAUCAAAGCUUGCGGCACAUCCCACGAGUCGUUGACGAGACCAGCAAUUCAUCUACUGACGAAUACUACACCUAUCCGCAGCACGGCGAACCUAGCGUGAAUCGAUUCUCCAAGCCCUCCGCAGAGCCUCAUGACGGUUUGUUUCCCUGCCGUCACAACAUGCAGCAGGAUCACGGUACUAUGUCUCACAGCAACCUUUGUUCUUCAUCAAGUGGCGUCAAAGGCAAAAGGAAAGCUGAUGUGGACCCCGAGGUGCAAGCAUCGCUCUACGUCAACCACCCGGCAAACGGUACUGCAGAUACAGAUUACGCCGAAGAAGAAACCUCCACUGAUCAAACGACCUCCACACAUACCGAGGGGUCUGGAGAUGCUCAAGGCAGAUCAGACGCGACACUACAGACUGAUGGUGCGAGGGACGAAGAGCAGUCUCAUAAACAACUAAAGCGCUUUCAGGAAGUGGAGAAUGCAAGACCUGCCGCCUCCUCGAACAAUGGCAACAGAAAAGAGGGGUGGAGAAGACAAGAGCCGGUGCGUUAG